AUGAGGUCACAGUUUGAUGAGCUCGAUCGAGCUGAGUUGGACCAAGGAUUGGGGGAUACACUUCUUGGCAAGGGAGAGAAGAAGAUGGUGACCUUUAGGCAGCUUGAGAUCUGUUUGGGUUCACUAUGGAGAAGCUGGAGUUCAACUGACAAGAGAAGGUCUACUCCACCAGGUUGGAUGGACAUCAAGUUUUGCAAGACCAACCUCCUCAUUGAGCACAAGGAGUUGGAUGGGAGGUUCCAAUUCAAGUUCACCCACCCAUUGGCUGGACCCUCCAAGCUUCUCCUGCCCAACCCUGAGCUCACCACGGUCUAG